CGCUAAGCUUCCGCGAAACUCGCCGCGAGAGCCAGCAGAUCCCGAGAAUUCGACACGGUGAAAUUAAUUAAACGUCGACACAUGCGCCUGAUACGGUGCCAUCGAAAUUUCGAGAUUUGGCUGCUGUGAGGAUCAACGAUAACAUGAAUCUAGAGGAGUAUCGCAAACAUGGAAAAGAAAUGGUGGAUUAUAUCGCCGAUUAUCUGGCGAACAUUCGAUCUCGACGCGUUUACCCUGCGGUUUCCCCGGGUUACCUGAGGAACGUUCUACCCUCGUCGGCACCGGUGGACGGUGAACCAUGGGAGGACAUUUUCGCGGACAUCGAGAGGUGCAUCAUGCCAGGAGUGACGCAUUGGCAGAGUCCGCACAUGCACGCCUAUUUUCCAGCCCUGAAUUCACCUGCUAGCCUGCUAGCCGACAUGCUGGCCGACGCGAUCAAUUGUCUUGGAUUUACUUGGGCUUCGAGUCCUGCGUGCACAGAGCUAGAGACAAUCGUAAUGAACUGGCUGGGGAAAAUGAUCGGGCUGCCAGAAGAAUUCCUGCAUCGUCCAGGGGGAUCCGGAGGUGGUGGCGUGAUACAAACAACCGCAUCAGAAGCAACCCUCGUUUGCUUGCUCGCAGCAAGAACCCGAGCCAUUAGAGACGUGCAGCAAAACGAGCCGGACCGUUUACCCGCUGAGAUUAAUUCGCGUCUUGUCGCGUAUUGCUCCGACCAGGCUCAUUCCAGCGUGGAGAAGGCUGGAUUAAUUGGCUUGGUUCGAAUGAAGUACAUCGAAUCCGAUGACGAACUCAGCAUGAGAGGGGAGACGUUGUUAGAAGCAAUAUCGCACGACAGGGCUGAGGGUUUGCUCCCCUUUUUCGUUUGCGCUACUUUGGGUACGACCGGUGCGUGUGCUUUCGACAAUCUCAAAGAAGUCGGCCAAGUGUGUGAACAAAAUGGACUCUGGCUGCACGUGGAUGCAGCUUACGCAGGCAGCGCGUUCGUGUGCCCUGAAUUCCGUGGCUGGCUUCAAGGAAUAGAGUACGCCGAUUCGAUUGCGUUUAAUCCUAGCAAAUGGCUGAUGGUGCAUUUCGACUGCACCGCCAUGUGGGUGAAAAGUAGCCAGGCACUCCACAGAACUUUUAACGUGGACCCGCUGUAUCUGAAGCAUGAGAAUUCAGGCCUUGCUAUCGAUUAUAUGCACUGGCAAAUCCCGUUGUCAAAGAGAUUCAGAGCGUUGAAACUGUGGUUCGUGAUUAGAAAUUACGGAAUCACUGGCCUUCAGAAGCAUAUUCGAGAGGGCGUCAGGCUGGCACAAAAGUUCGAGGCGCUAGUCUUGGCAGACGCGCGUUUCGAAAUUCCCGCGACGAGGCAUUUGGGGCUUGUGGUGUUUCGUCUUCGCGGAGAAAAUAGUUUGACUGAACGUUUGCUGAAGAAGAUGAACUCGAGGGGUCGCGUCCACUGUGUACCGGCUGCUUUGCAUGGCAAAUACGUGGUUCGAUUCACCGUCACCUCGACCAACACUACCAACGAGGAUAUAUUAAGAGACUGGGCUGAGAUUCGAAAUACCGCGAAUGAAAUCCUUGGAGACACCUCGACUUCUCCUGUACGAGCGAGAGUUCCACUUGCAGAAAGCUCAGAUACCCGAGAGAAGAACGAGAAUUUUGGAUCGAGUUUGCUGUUGGCCAAUUCUCCGAUGUCACCGAAAAUCGUGAAUGGCAGCUUCGCCGCGAUAUACGACACUGCGGAUGUGUUCGAGGAAUGCACGAAAGCCUUUGGUCAAUUACGACUCGAAGCUAGAGACAGUCCAGCCAUGCGUCGUCGAAUUCGAGGAAUACUGAUGUCAGGGAAACAAUUCUCCUUGGAUUCUCGCAUGGAUCUUGUACAGGGAUACGCUUGUUGCCGCCCAGCUAUAGAACUGGCCUCCGAGUUACCGCUGCAAGAGGACGAAGAUCUUGGAACUGAGACUGGAACUGAUUCUAAUGAAUGUGCAGACGACCCAGGCGAGUGUUCAAGCACCCGACCGCAGGUGCAAGAACCAGAAGAAGCAGAGAAAUCGUUCAAAAGACAAGCUUCUAAAUCUCGCUCGAACUACACCGUGAACGGCUCUGUAAAAGGUACUCAAGACUGCUCGAAUACCCUAACAGCGAUGAUCUCGACGGAAGGCAGUCUUCCAAGGAGCGAAACGAUAGCCGCGAUUGGUCAUCGAGCAUACACCGGCGACCUGUCGACGAUUGACAGCCAACAGGGGAAUCCUGGGAAAGGAAAGGAUGACAGCGCGGAUGACACGGCUGUCUGCAGGAAAUGCGGCCACUGUAUGAAAAAGGAAUAAAAUUAGCGGAAUAAACGUAACUGUUAUCGCGUCACCGUGUGUACUCCUUCGAUGUCUUCGAUGGAUUCUAUGUUGUUCAGAUUCAAGCGUGGCGCCACGCAGGCCACGCGACAAAUUGUUGGAAAGAAAGUAAUCAGCUGCGAUAAUAAAUCUGAA